CAAUUACAGUCGCAGCUCAAUAUUCGAACAUCAACACGAAGAGAAACGCGGAUGAGCUGUGAAAAAUGGACUGUUUUGCUACCUAACUUUACUGCCUAAAGCGUUUUGCUGAACUGAUAAUUUACAUGCGAAAUAGCUUGGUGAUGUACACAUGGUGAUCCAGAACCAUGGCGAGAGAACGAGCCCAGAAGAAGUCCUUCCAGGAGAGCCUGGAGGACAUCAAGGACAGGAUGAAGGAGAAGAGGAACAAACGGCUGGCUAGUGCCUCAGCUCCCAGCAGAGGACGGUCCAGAAUGCUAAACAAAUGCAGUGGGACUAACUCGACCCACACCAUCCUGAAGGGUGUCCAGGAGAACAACAAGGCACUGGCCUUAGGUUUGCAAGCUGAAAAGGAAAAAGUGAGGCAGGCCAAUGCAGUGAUCCUGCAGCUGAAAAGGGAGCAACAGGCCUUGUUCCUUCACCUGCUUCUGCUCAAGAAGAAACUCAAAGAGCAGGAAGCUCUGGCAGUGAGUGCUCCAGAGACUAAACCCCCAAACAUCCUUGUGGAACCCCAACACAAUGUGGAUUCUGCAAGGAAGCGGACCAGCCAGAACCCUGAUGAGCCCAUUGUAUGCAAAGCCUCAAUAGUUUGUGCAGACAUUCAGCCCACUGAAAAGAAUGCACAAUCUGAAUGUGACAAGCAGGUUACCUUGCCAUCUACAGUGAGUGUGAGGCGUCGUCAUGCAGAUAGAAGAAGCAGGAGGAUGUCUGAACGUGUGCGAGAAAAGGGGUCAAUGAAUGAGGGGGACCCCAUCGCAAGUUUGGGUGCUUUAAUGGCAAGUCCUAUUCACAGUGAUGAUAGAAAUCCAUAUCAGCCACAGGAAGGAGCAGAACCACAAUUAGCAGACCCCACUGACACUGAGGAAUUUCAGCAUUCUACUCCUGGACCUGCCCCACCCAAAAAAAACAGCCAGCAGCUGCCCAGCAGGAAGCAAGCCCAGCAGCAGCGCCGCACCAAACCAGAGGCGGCUGCACGGAAACCAGAGAGAGGUCGCAAACCAGAGCGUGCCCCGUUAAAGAAACCUUGGGAGAAUCCCAAACCCAGAGCCCGCUCCAAGAGUCGGGACCGGUCAGCCACACGGGCCAAAACAGCACCUCUCUCGCAGGGGAAUAAACUCAACACCUCUCUGGGAUUUAAUGACACGUUUGACUUUGACUGUGAAGAGACAGUUCAUGUCGCACCGUUCAGGGCCAAAGCAGAGGACCAUCCGCCGGCCACGCCCAUCAGCAAAGACACUCAACCAAGAGAACAAGCCCAAACGGAAGCUUCACCUGCAGUUUCCAAACAGGAUGAGUCCAGCUCAUCAUCACCAUCUUCUGAAUCAGAGGACAGCCUUUAUGUCCCUCAGAAGACCAGACAGAGACGAACGUCCACUGACACGACUAAAGUGAUCGCCACUCGUAGAGGCCGGCCGUCUAAAGUCGUCAGAAAGAAAGAAAACAUCCCUCCAAAACAGGAGGUCUCUGUCUUUAGAGAUGAGGAGGCCAGUCCUAAGGCUGUAAAACCUGAAAUGGAAAGAGCUCCUCUCCAUCACCCCCCUGACUCUAGCUUCUCUAAUAGCCCUGACCCUGCGAGCUCAGGACAAGAAAAUCACCAAGAGCCUCACAGAGGGGUUAUUGAGAAGGAUUGCUUGCUCCCUGUCAGCCCCCUGGUUGAAGCUGAGAUGAUGAGAAUAGACAGCGUCCUGUCCAAUUUUGGAGAUUACGCCUGUGAAGCGCCACCUCUUUUACACCACCAAACGCCCCAGAUGGCCAGGACAUGCAAGAAACGUGGGCUUGGUGUAAGGACAGCGGGGCGGGGCUUGAGUCUGUGUGAUGUGACCAAUCUGUCCCCUGCAGCCCAGCGCAAGUUCUCCCGUGGUGGCCCACGUCCCUCUGAUGCCCGAUGCGCCACCCCUGUUCCUGCUCGCAAGCGGCGUUGCACCAUGGUGGUGGACUACAAGGAACCCACGCUAAAUGCGAAACUUCGGCGUGGAGACAAGUUCACAGACUUGCAGUUCCUCUGCUCUCCUAUUUUCAAGCAGAAGUCUGGCAGGAGAUCUGUGCAGAAAUCAAGGAAUUCCACGAGCAGCCAGCCGCCAUUUGAUAAGUACAAUGAGUCAUUUGUUGGAUGUCGCUGAAAGCAGCUACCUUGUUUGUCCCCUCUGAACUCUGGCAUGGUCAGUUUUAAUGUGAUUUUUCUUUUUUGUGACAAUUGAUCAUUUUGUUUUUAGGUUUUAUUUCUUUGUGGUGAAGAACUGUCAGUUUUAGAUAUUAUUUUUGACUUUGUUUGUUGCUUAUUUUGCAAAGCUAUAGUCUUUCUUCUCACCUAUUUCUCUUUGUUGUCUAUGGCUAUUUUGCGAAGAUGGCCAGAUUUUCCAAUUCUAUGUCACCACCUUGAAGUCUGUAUGUUUUUUAUUAUGAGAACCUGAAUAUGAGUGUAUAUAUUAUUGUCAUCUAAUAAAAAUAAAUCUCCUACUGUGU